CGCAGUGUCACCGUGAGUAAGACGAAGCCGCACUCUCAGGACGAGACGUGGCUGUCCCGGGGUCUCCGGCCUCCACCGCCCAGCCAUGUCCCUGGAGCAGAAAACCAUCCUACUGGAGGAAGACGAGGAGGAGGAGGAGGAAGAAGAAGAAACCUCCAACAGCCCCGGCACCGGGGACGACGACGGGGACCCGAAAAUCUGCCGCGCCUGCGGGGACAAGGCCACCGGCUACCACUUCAACGCCAUGACCUGCGAGGGCUGCAAAGGCUUCUUCAGGCGAGCCAUGAAGAGGAAUUUGCGCCUCAAUUGUCCUUUCCAGAAUUCCUGCGUCAUUAACCGAAACAACCGACGUCACUGCCAGGCCUGCCGACUGAAGAAGUGCCUGGACAUUGGGAUGAAGAAGGAAUUGAUCAUGUCGGACGAGGCGGUGAAGCUGCGGCGGACGCUCCUUAAGGAGAAGCAGAGAUUGGGGCCUUUGCCGGCCAUGUCCCCCACCCCCACCAUGACGGAGGAGCAGCGGUCGCUGGUCGAGCAGCUCGCCGAGGCGCAGAGGAAGACCUUCGACUCCGACUUCGUCUUUUUCAACAAUUUUCGGCCAGUCAGACGGCAAGUGGACCCCACAGACUUCUCUCAGGAUACCGGAUCCGGCGUCUUCUCCAUGUUACCUCACAUCUCCGACCUCGUCACCUAUAUGAUUGAGGGAGUCAUCGGCUUCGCCAAAAUCCUCCCUCAUUUCAGGUAA